AUGGCGGAUACACCUGAAACUUCCGCACCCGCGCCCGCUGAGGCCCUUGCGAACCUCCAUCUCGACGAGGUCACCGGUGAACGCGUGUCCAAGUCGGAGCUCAAGAAGCGCCAGAAAAACAGACAGAAGGAGGCAGCCAAGGCGGAGGCGGCGGCGGCAGCACCACCAAAGCCUGCGCAGGCCAAGAAGAGCAAUGCUGAGGCCGACGAGAAGGAAUUGAACCCAAAUCAAUACUUCGAGAUCCGAUCACGCACCAUCCAGAAGCUCCGCGAGACCAAGAGCCCCAACCCUUACCCGCACAAGUUCCAGGUCGAUUACGACAUCAAGAACUUCGUCAAGGAGUUCGGAUCUCUCAAGUCGGGCGAGCACAAGAAGGACCUCGAGAUCCGAGUCGGGGCCAGAAUCUACAACAAGCGCGCCUCGGGCAACAAGCUCGUCUUCUACGAUGUUCGCGACUCGGGCGUCAAGGUCCAGGUUAUGUGCCAGUUGCAGGAGGCCAAGCCUGACGGCGUCCCCUUCGAGCAACAGCAUGAACAUCUGCGGCGGGGAGACAUCAUUGGCAUCGUGGGAUACCCGGGGCGUACGGCGCCAAAGAACAAGAUUGAGAAGGGCGAGGAGGGAGAGCUGUCCAUCUUUGCCACGGAGAUUGUUUUGUUGACGCCUUGUCUGCACCAACUUCCCGACGAGUACUACGGCUUCAAGGACCAGGAGCAGAGACACCGGAAGCGAUACCUUGACCUUAUCAUGAACGAGCCGACCCGCAACGUCUUCCUCACCCGAUCCAAGAUGAUCACCUAUAUCCGCAGAUACUUCGAUGAGCAAGAAUUCGUUGAAGUCGAGACCCCUAUGAUGAACCCGAUCGCUGGAGGAGCAACUGCCAAGCCUUUCAAGACUCACCACAACGACUUGAACAUGGACAUGUUCAUGCGUGUUGCGCCAGAGCUGUACCUCAAGAUGCUUGUUGUUGGAGGUCUAAACCGUGUCUACGAGAUGGGUCGUCAAUUCCGGAACGAGGGUAUUGAUCUUACCCACAACCCCGAAUUUACCACCUGCGAGUUCUACAUGGCCUACGCCGAUGUUUACGAUAUUAUGGACAUGACAGAGGCUCUUGUGUCUGGUCUUGUCAAGCACAUUACCGGAGGCACCACCACCAAGUACCAUACGCAACACGGCGAAGAGUACGAAGUCGACUGGGCCGCGCCUUGGAAGCGCAUUGAGAUGAUUCCUGCCCUUGAGGAGGCUACUGGCGAGAAGUUUCCACCCGGAGAUCAACUUCAUACUAAGGAGACCAAUGAAUUCUUCCGCCGCGUUCUCAAGAAGAUGAACCUCGAGUGCUCACCACCUCUCACCAACGCCCGCAUGCUCGACAAGCUGGUCGGCGAGUUCAUCGAGGAGAAGUGCAUCAACCCAACCAUGAUCACUGGCCACCCACAGAUGAUGUCCCCGCUUGCCAAGUAUCACCGCAGCAACCCCGGUCUCUGUGAACGUUUCGAGGCUUUCGUCUGCAAGAAAGAAAUCGUAAAUGCCUAUACCGAGUUAAACGAUCCCUUCGACCAGAGAUUGCGCUUCGAGGAGCAGGCUAGUCAGAAAGACCAGGGUGAUGAUGAGGCUCAGAUGAUCGACGAGAACUUCUGCCAAUCCCUAGAAUACGGUCUCCCACCAACCGGAGGAUGGGGUAUGGGUAUUGACCGACUGGUCAUGUUCUUGACCGACAACUACAGCAUCAAGGAAGUGCUCGCGUUCCCGUUCAUGAAGGAAGACGCCAGCAUGAAGAAGGAGAAGCUGGCGGCGGAGGAGGUUGGCAUCAAGCCUGUCUCCGAGGAAGGAAUCCCGCACAAGUGA